AUGGUGACUGUAGCUUUGAUUGUUGAAUUAAUUUCGACAGUACUCUCGUUACUAUGCCUCCCAAUCAACAUCAUAUUCGUCUACGUUAUUUUGAAAGAGAGCCGCCGUCCAACCACUCCAUUUGCCUCUUCGUUCUUCCGGCUUUGCAUACAUCUCUCAAUGGCAGACAUCCUGAUGUCCAUAUUUGCUACAAUCUUCUUCAAAUUUCCAAUAUUUGGUGUUUUCCCGGAAAGUUUCUAUGAAGAAAAUUGGUCCGUAGUACCAGUGGCAGGUGUCAAUUAUCUUGGGCAUUCUCAAGCCAUUGGAAUCAUAUUUAUUGCUGUAAACAGAUUCACCGCCGUCUAUUUCCCAGUGAGGCAUAAGCAGCGAUGGUGGAGACCACAGGUAAUAAGAUCUCUAAUGGUUAUCCAAUGGACCAUUCCACUGAUAUUCAUCAUUCCAUUAUUUUUCACUGAAUUCAACUUUGUUAUGGAUCGAUCAACGGGCUCGGUUACCUUCUCAUCAAAAGAUGCUGUCUUCCACAAGGUUUUUUCUUCAUCUAAUACUGUUGUGUUCCUUCUACCGAUAUUUUCCGUACUUGCUGCAAUGACACGACCGGAAGAUGCCUGGAUGUAUCGAACGCUGUGGUUUGUCGUCAACGACGUCUUGUGCGCCAGCAAUGCUCCUAUAUUGCUGGCAUUGAACAAGCCAAUCCGUAGGGUGUAUAUGAAGAAAAUAGGAUUACAACCUAAAGAAAAUCGUACAAAAGGAUCUCUUAUAUGUCACAUAUGA